AUGGAAUUGCAGAAUGCCGCUUUACAGCACCUCUUCAUACGCAAGUCCUUCCGGCCUUUUAAAUGCCUGCAGUGUGGAAAGGCUUUCAGAGAGAAGGACAAACUGGACCAGCACCUGCGCUUCCAUGGUCGAGAUGGCAGUUAUCCGCUGACCUGUGAUAUCUGCAACAAGGGUUUUAUCAGCAGCAGCUCUUUGGAAAACCACAUGAAGUUUCACUUGGACCAGAAGACUUAUUCCUGCAUCUUCUGCCCUGAGUCCUUUGAUCGUUUGGAUUUACUUAAAGAUCAUGUUGUUGUACAUAUUGUUGAUGGAUGCUUCUGCUGUCCUACAUGUAAAAAACGUUUCCGGGAUUUUAUACAGGUGAAGAAGCAUGUGCGCAGCUUUCACUCAGAAAAGGUGUACCAAUGCACAGAAUGCGAUAAGGCUUUCUGCCGUCCUGACAAGCUAAGAUUACACAUGCUGAGACACUCGGAUCGCAAGGACUUCCUGUGCUCUACUUGUGGGAAGCAGUUUAAGAGGAAGGACAAGCUAAGGGAGCACAUGCAGCGUAUGCAUAAUCCGGAGCGCGAAGCCAAGAAAGCUGACCGCACAGGACGCACCAAGUCUUUCAAACCACGCCUUGCCUCCACAGACUACGAGAGCUUUAUGUUUAAGUGUCGGGUGUGCAUGAUGGGCUUCCGAAGAAGAGGCAUGCUGGUGAACCAUUUGUCAAAGCGACAUCCUGAAAUGAAGAUUGAAGAGGUUCCUGAGUUGACACUACCCAUUAUCAAACCCAACCGUGAUUAUUACUGCCAGUAUUGUGAGAAGGUCUACAAAAGUGCCAGCAAACGGAAAGCCCACAUCUUGAAAAAUCAUCCUGGAUCAGAGCUUCCUCCUAGCAUCCGCAAGCUCAGACCAGCUGGUCCCGGAGAACCUGAUCCAAUGCUCAGCACGCAUACCCAACUCACAGGCACUAUAGCAACACCUCCAGUCUGCUGUCCACAUUGCUCCAAGCAAUACAGCAGCAAGACCAAAAUGGUCCAGCACAUACGAAAGAAGCAUCCUGAGUUUUCCCUUCUGCAGAACACUGUGCAGGCUGCUGUGAUCAGUACAACCCCAGCUGUGCUAACAGCCGAUGGAACUAGUGGGGAGACGGUGGUGACAACAGACCUUCUGACUCAGGCGAUGACAGAGCUAUCCCAAACGCUGACUACAGAAUACCGCACUGCGCAAGGUGACUUCCAGCGCAUCCAGUACAUUCCUGUCUCACAGACUACAGCUGGCAUUCAGCAGCCUCAACACAUACAGCUGCAGGUGGUGCAAGUUGCUCAGGCUCCAUCACCUCAUCAGUCCCAGCAAUCUACAGUGGACAUGGGUCAAUUGCAUGAGACCCAAGGUUAUACUCAGCAUGCCAUCCAGGUACAGCAUAUCCAGGUUACAGAGCCAACGCCAGGGACCCAGGCAACUACUCAGGUAGGAGGGCAGUCUUUGAGCCCCUCAUCACAUGAUACAGAGCAGGAGGUGAGUGCAUCGCAGCUGCAGACACCAACUUCCCAGAUGCAGACAAACACAGUGCAGCAUGCUUACCUCCCCAGUGGCUACCAGUUCCGUGGCUAUCCCUCUGAGAUCCAGAUGAUGACUUUACCCCAGGGGCAGUACGUGAUUGCAGAAGCAUCAAUGGGCACUCCGGUUACUCCUGUACAUAGCAGCCAAGUGAAGGCACACUAUGUGAUAUCUGAAGGACAGAGUGAACUAGAGAUGAAGAAAAAUACUUCCUUAGAAGAGGUAUCUCAAAACCAUGAACAUUUGGAGCAGCAGACAAACAACCAAGCUCAGACAACACAGUACAUAAUUACAACUACCAUGAAUGGAGGCAGUGAAGUGCAUAUCAGCAAGCCAUGAAUCAAGGGGAAGGGUGCAUAAGAAAUGUAUGCUGCUUGUGGAAUAAAUCACACUCUUCCCUCUUACAGGCAUGUUGAAAUUAAUCAACCUGUUGUAAAGCUUUAUCUUCCAAAGUGUUGGUUCUUCUGGUUUAAAAAAAAACCUGGAAUCAACAUUACAAAACAUAGCCUUGGCCAACAGAAUACCUUGCGCAUUAUAAUAAGAUGAUUGCUACUGAACUUGCCCAGUAUUGAAGCCUUAAGAGUUUGGAUAUACUUCCUAUAAUGCAUCAGUACUUUGAGGAUGUCCUUGAUAAAUACUUGUGCAGUAUUUUAUAAACUGCACAAGGCUCUGUGGUGUUUUAACCAGUAAAAUGUUGGGCAUUUGGUGAUGUAUCAUAUUCCAAGAGCAGUCAUCUCUGGCCGAAGCUUGUAAAGUUAAUGUGAAGACAUGUCACACCUUAUAUUACUUAAUCCCCCAUCCACCGAUCUAAUAAUAUAUUAACUUUACUUGCUGGAGACAAACACAAUAAUGGCCUGCGUUUUGUAAAUUCAAUUAUGAACAAUAUCUUCAAAACUGUUGGAGGUAGCAAGAAGAAUAACUCUAGGUGCAGAGAUCCUAGGAGGGAUGAUGAUUGGACCACUGUACUUUGUCAAUAUUGGAUCUAUACUGUACACAAGAAAAGGCAAUCAGACCUGGGAUGAGGGAUCAGGUUUUGAUUCUUCCUUGGGAAAUACUGGAAUUGAAACUUGAGAUUCAUUUGUGAUAAAUGUUAUCAAAAAAAACUUCGGUAUUCUGGGUUAUACGAAGUAACAUCACUCAUAAUCCAAGCCAAAUUUGCACAUGAAUAGCUAUAUUACUAGAAAUUACUUAAUAAUGUGGAAUUUUUUUUUUUUGUGCAGGACUUUGCAACUGAGAACAUACCAACAUUUUUACAAAUUGUGUAAAGACCCUUCCCUGUGACACAUUUUGGGAAGAGGAUGAAAUGUUUCCACAAACUUGUUAUGUGAUUUCAACAUAUGUUAAGAAAACUGUAAACCUAAAGAUUUUAUUUAGUGUAUGUCGCAUAGUGCAGAAGAAGACCAAGAUAUUCUAAUUGUUACAGAUAGUGUUAUGUUUAUCAUUUAAGUAGGACAUUGCUGGUUUCAUUUAAAGGGACACUGAACCCAAAAAUGUAUUUCGCGAUUCAGAUAGAGCAUGCCAUUUUAAGCAAUUUUCUAAUUUACUCCUAUUAGCAAUUUUUCUUCAUUCUUUUGCUAUCUUUAUUUGAAAAACAAGGCAUCUAAGCUUUUUUUUGGUUCAGAACUCUGGAUAGCACUUUUUUAUUGGUGGAUGAGUUUAUCCACCAAUCGGCAAGGACAACCCAGGCUGUUCACCAAAAAUGGGCCGGCAUCUAAACUUACAUUCUUGCAUUUCACAUAAAGAUACCAAUAGAAUGAAGAAAAAUUGAUAAUAGGAGUAAAUUAGAAAGUUGCUUAAAAUGACAUGCUCUAUCUGAAUUACAAAAAAAAAAAAUUUGGGUUCAGUGUCCCUUUAAGUAAUAAUACAUUACUUUAAAUACCCACUCCUGGGGUGUGUAGAGCCAGGAUAAAUAUUCUGGUACUCAAGGACACAAAUUGUAUUUCUGUGAAACACAUUACAACUUAUUAACUGGUUUAUGAAUGAAGGGAGACUUAUUUUAUUUAUGAACACAGAAUUAUUUUUUUUA